AUGGCACCUAUCAAGUUGCUUCGAGAACAUGAUCCAACUCCAGAAGGAGAUGGCACACUGGUACUCCGAUGUUACAAGACAAGGAGCUGGGGGAAAGAUGACUCUCUUGGAUCUGAACACACAGUUGGACAGAAUGUCUAUCCUUUAGAACUCCACCUAGUUCACUACAAUUCCAAAUAUUCCAACAUCACGGAAGCUUUACCUCAGAAGGAUGGCAUAGCUGUUGUCGGUGUGCUUUUUAAGUUGAACAAAGAUUCGUGUGACGACUUGGAUGAUAUCACCGAUUCCUUGGAAUCAGUGGAAAAUACAGGAGCUAAGGUCGUUAUUACUAAUCCUGACUUAAAGCUAGCAGAUCUACUGCCUUCGGACGCUUUGAUUUGCUUCCGUUAUCAGGGUUCUCUUACCACUCCCAUGUGUACUGAUGCUACUUGGAAUGUUUUCAUUGGAAAGACCAUCUCACCAAGUCAGUUGGAAGAAUUCCGUUGACUCAAGGAUGUGAAUGGAAACUUCUUGUUGGACAACUUUAGACCCGUUCAA